AUGCAACGUUAGUAUUUUAUAUUUAAACUUAGUAUGUAGUUUCAUGUUGGCAAUGUCUACGGAAGCACACAUUUAUAAUUGCCAUAUUCUCCAGUCUCUGCGUUGGCAUUGGCUUGGGUAUUCUUCUAAAAUUUCUCCGUGCACCGGAGGAUGUUAAAUUGUGGCUAGGUUAGUGACUAAAUUUACAUUUCUUCCAUAAGGAAUGCCUGGUGAAUUAUUUUUGAGAGCAUUGAGAUUUUGCGUUAUUCCCCUUUUGAGUUGCAACAUAAUUUCAGGUAAUCUAUAUUUUAUGCCAACGGAUAUUUUCACUCAAAAUAGUCGCCUCAAAAGUCAAUAAAAGGACGCACGGAAAGUACGCCAUGGUGGCAAUAUCUUACUGUUUCAUCAUGAACAUACUGUCAUCCUUCAUUGGAGGUCUUCUCACUUUGGCCAUAAAACCUGGUUAGUGUCUUCCCCUGUAAUUGUUUUUAGGUGUUUGGGCGGGCGGCGUAUCACCAACGCAGCCUGGAAUUGCUACUCCAACUUUAAGUAUAAGCAGUAUGCUAAUGGAUUUAUUACGGCAAGUUGAUUUUCAUAAACGUUUCCAUUUGGCUUCAAAACUUUGAUUAUUGAUUAAUUAAUUGCAAUUGCAGAUUCCCUCUGACAUCAUUUUUCUGUCCAGCUAACAAUUGUCAUUUAGACGAGUUCACCUAAAUGCUUAAGCAUUUGGGUAACCAUUCGCAACUUAAAAUUCCGUACAACUACACAUACCUAUGAAUUUGUUACAAACUUUCAAAUUAAAUGAUUUCAGUUGGGUUUUUGGCAGGUUUUAGGGACAAGCAGGGAUAAUAAUACAAUUUAUGUCAAAAUAUGGCUCUAACAGGCUACGGCUUCUAUGCUGAUCACAAUGUGAUUCGUCGCAUAAAACCCAUAGGACAAAAGAAAAGCAAUUGUAAAGUUUGGUGCUGCACCCGUUUCGAAGUUCAUAUUCAACUAGGGCGCAUUUGUGUUGACGACCGUGAACGUUAUUCGAUCUGGAGCCAGGCAACAUGUCGUUGAAAAUAUACGGCAGCCUUAGCGACUAAUUGUGAGCACUAUUUUGACGCGUUUUCUGGCAUUUCACAGGCGUAAGUUCUGCUUCAGGUGGAGUUGGAUAUUUCUAUGUAGAAGGAGUUUCCUUGAUUAACUCGUUUAGUAAUUUCGAUCAAAUCUUCUUGUAUGUACUUCUUAGUCUUGUGUCUGCCUACAAUCAUAUCACCGCCAAGAAAGUUAACGCAGACAUUACUGCGUAGACUUCCUUCGAAUGUACUUAUGAAUUAGGGCAAACCGACUACUGCAGUUUCACCGAAGGUAUCGGUUGACUUUAAUGCGAACCAAGUACUUCGUCUUCUAACCCAUAUAUAUUAUAGUCAGAGUAGACUUAUUCGACAUCAUUGUCGUUAAACCAUCUGUUCACAAUAUCCUUUGUAAUCUGUAGGUUUCUAGAGCCGAAGUUUCCUUCAAGAAUGGGCUAAAACCGACUGGUUGGUGUUUAAUGUCAGUUGUCUGAAACUUUUUAAAUUUUGCUUUCCAACGUCUCACUCGGGUUAUUACGAUUAUCAAGCACUCAGAAGAUAAAGAUUUAUAAAGGCUGCUUGUCGGUCAUUCGUUAUUUGACUAGACCUCCCGCUGAAUGUGAGCAACCUUUCAGGUUACUAAUGGGGAGAGCGAAUGCAUUGGCAACUUUUGCGUAACAUCACAAGUUUCGAUACGCACUUAUCAUUCGUCGUUUGCCUAACAAUAAGGCCGAAGCAAGUGCCAUGAUAGGCUCCAGGAAGGAAGACUGGUUGACGUCGAUCUUUGGGAAGGAAAUUUAUGUUUUUAAUCGCUCCAAGAAAUUCUUCCAGCUACAUUUUCUAAAGUCACCUGUGAUUGUGGUCGUCUGUGCUUCAAAAUACAUGCUAACAGCGAUUCAACCAUGUAGGAUGAUUAUUACUUUAGCCAUAACGCAUGCCUAGAGAGCAUCAUUUGGAGUAUUCUCGAGAUCACCGACUUUCUGAUAUAAAUUAUGACUCUAGAUGAUGCUGAAAGCAAAGAGUAACCGAUACGUUAAACGAAUGUAGAAAAUUAUGACGUUCACAAUCACUGAUAUUACCUGACUGCGACUGUUCAGCGAAGUUGCAAUUUCAGCGACCAAGCAGAAUCAUAACCAAUUAUAAGAGUAAAUCUUCGGCAAUUUUAAGCUUAACAGGCCCCCGAAGUUUCUGGCGCGAAUGGCUGUCAAGUGAUGAGAUGACUGGGUUUAUGAGACUAAAUGUGAGCUCACCAUGGCUCACGCAAAACAUUAAAUCCUGAAACGUGGGAUCAGGUUCAACCGGUUCGACUUAGCAGAUUUAGCAGCACUCGAAGGGCGCCAGCGAACGUCUUUCUAGCCACUUCACACACAAAUCUAUCUUCAUCCGUUUUAGCGUGUGGUUUCAUUAUCAAAGUUAAAUGCCCGACUAUGUUUUGAUUUUUCGGAUAUCUGACAUCAUAAUUUCCUUCACAUUUUGUUUUAGAAAUAUGUUCCCGGACAACGUCUUCAAAAUAUUUCUCUCUUCUGUAAGAAUAUCGCUUUUGUCAAUGUCUUGCCUUCCUUGUCUUUUAUUUUAUUUUCUUCAUUUUUAUACUUUAAUGGACUUACUUUAUAGGUCAGUACUGUGUACACACCACAGGCCAAUUCUUCAUCUCAGUCACCGAAUGCAUAUAAGCAGACCUUGCAGGAUGUUCCUGGCGUAAACAUAAUAGGUACUGCAUUAUUAAGCCUCUUAACUUACUGCGAAUUUGGUAUGUGAACUUGAAGUGAAAACAUCGUUACAGACCUCCUCAGAUUCAUCCCAAACGUUGAGAUAAAUACUCGAGGCGAUUUCUUAAGUUUGGCGAAUUAAGCAGUUAGUAUUCAGAAGCUGUCUACUGGCGAGCGAUUGUGUAUAAAUUUGCACUAAGAUUGGUCUACCUUUCUCCCGGAACAAGUGUUCCCGAAAGACCCAGACAUUGUGUCUCAUCGAUUUCUUGUGCAGCUACGACGAGUUUGUCUCAGCAAUACGUUCCCCGGCGUUCAUAAGCGGAAUAAAACAUGUGAAGCAUGUCUUCCGACUUCUGGCCAUCAAUUGUGCGGGGAACACUGUAGAUUAAUCUUAUGAAACCACGCUGUUUCGUUAUCGAUUGAGUAGUUUGCAGUUCUUUCCUGUUAAUUAGUGCACUAUAUCUUUAGGUAAAUGCGGGACUGUCAUCGAGAUGUCAACGGUUUAAAUUAUCGAGGAAGUAAACAAAGUCGACCAGAGAUUGAAGGGAACUGACAUCUCCCGAAGAUACGGUUUGUCUUAGCGAAAACCGUUUGUUUCAGCUCUCUGUUACAGUUGCCACGUCAGUCAUCUUUGUGAACAAGGGGAUCUUCUCUUAUUCUAUAAUUCCACAACCACAAAGUUUGGGUCUACGCACACCCAUGUGGCUUCUGUCGUAUGCACUCUCCGGUCAAUUGCAAAUCCAUUGCCCUGAGACUGACGAACCAGUGCCUGAAGCAAUAACAUGCACCGGACGCCAUCGUCUCAAUUUCCUGCAUUGUCAUCACACAUCCAGCCAUUGCAUGGGCCUAUUCGGUCACCUGCGCAUUCAUGAAAAGGCGCGAUAAAUCACCACAGACAUGACCACAUGACCACACAUUUCCGCAUCAACACAUGCACCACGCAUAAGUAUCUCCAGCGUCCCACUACACCGGCACCUCCACGUGGCUCCCCUGCUACCUGUGCGAUCUGAACGGUCUGCCUUCUUGUAUGUGAAGUCCUGGUGUGUGCCUAUGGGGGACCAGGUCGUGCACGUGGCGCGCAGACGAGCUCUUUAGCUCACUUAGGCAUUACGCCUACUUCCCACAUCAUACAUCUGCCUGGCUCGGCCUGUAGCCUUGUGCCUGGUGUGAUCGACGGUUUCAGCUCAUAUUCCUUAUUAUAAGCAAUCUGACGUGCUUGAUUCUAUCACAGUGCGCCAAACGCCGUGGCUCAGAAGACAGCCAACUGGUGGGAUACAUCAAACCUCGCAGUUAGCCAACUCUCUGUUGUGUGGACUGGCGGACUGGUGGCCUCGGAUUUAGGCUGCAUUAGCUCCUCCUUAAUGUGACUUCCAUGACACUCCCACUCAGUGGGAUCCAAGUCGCCUCCUCCUCCUCUUCCGUCGUGUGUGAAAUCCAGGUCAACUAUUUGUUGUGGACCAGGAAGAUGUGGUGGUACGCCUAUGUGCGGCUUUUCGGCUUACCAAUCACCUGAGCCCUCUCCCGCCUCCGGCCUUCCUGAUUCUGUCUCGACACCGUGUCCAGGUGGGAGGAAGAGGGUGUGUGGUAGAUACACCUCGAGUCUGCAAUUCACUGUCGCUACUCUCAUCCUGCUGCGAAGCAUAUGGUGAACGUCUUCGGCCACGACGGUCACAUCGUCAUUCGGCAUUUCGAUAAAGCAGGCUUCUUUUGAGCCCGGGUCGUCCUCACCUUCAAGUAGCAAGUUUUUUUUGCUUUGUUGCACUUUUAGUAAAAUUUGCUUCCUCCUUGAAACCACUGGUCUUUUUCCAUCUUUGUAGGUCUACUGGUUGCCAGCCUUGUUAUAGGUAUCGCGGCAGGCGUGGACUCUGGACAGAGUGAAGAGUUGUUUGUGCGUUUUUUCACCGGUGCUGCCAGUGUUUUGAUGCGCAUCCUCAAAGUAGUCAUGUGGUAAGUCAAGAUUGUGUUCUGUCCCUCGUGCUUGAAUAAAAAUGACUUUUCUCGUUUGCGUGCGAGAAGCACCGUAGGCUCUUGUCGGAUUCCUUCAGGAAGCUUCUCUUGAGAUGCAGCAUUCGUGCAGCAUCCCAGGACGUUUUUACAAUAUUUUGUUUCCAACAGCGCCGAUUUUGUGGGUUUUUCGACUUAAAAUGCUUCACGACACGCAAGCUCCUCCAGGCCUUUUCAACACUGCAGAGAAAUGGACAUUCUAAGCUAGUUUUUCGAAUGUGCAAAAAGCAUUUUUACGAUGAGGCUUAUCUUCAUCAUUGUUAAUGUCGACCUCGAUUUCUCUUUACUGGCUGUGACAGAUGGAGCCGGGACAACCGAUCGAUGGCAAGGUAAUGUUUGGCAACUGAGAUGGUUGUUAUUGAUGGAGAAGAAAUCAUAUUCAGGCCGCGAUACUAUUGGGGCGAAAAUGCUUGGUUGCAAACGUCUAAACCGGAGUUAGCAUGGUCUACCAAGAUUUUCCAACAGCCGGAAAUAUACAUUUGCCUUGGUCAGUAAAAUCUUGUCAUAACGAUUUCAAGAGGGAAAAUGAUGUUCACUCAGACAGGACAUACCCGGACACUUCCUACCAGGAUAUCUCAGUGGCUAUAAACGGAAGUUUGAAAUUUUCAUUGGGACGCUUUGACUGUAAAACCAAGUUGGGUUCGAAUUAAUUUAAAAUUCCUAUCAAUUCUUGCCCAUUUGUUGCCAGAUAACUCAAAUCCUUAAUAAUGGAAUGCCUCCAUACGAGUGAGACGCAUUUUUGAAUGCGAAUCUAACACUGACUUGAAUGGAUUUUUCUGACCAAAUGAGGUAGAACAUUUCUGCGUGCUCCAUCUACUCUGGACUCUGGAGUCCGCAAAGUUCCUCGCAAUGCAAAUGGAAAGAAGAUUCAAAUUUGAAAUGCUUGCUUUCCCGUACAUGGGCGCUUUUUCAUCCACAAUGGUAAUAUUUACCCCUAAAUAAAUAAUGUCUAAAUUUCGCUUACUGGGCGAUCACACUUGCUGUGGUUGCCUGCAAGUAAAAUCGGAGACGGGUCUCCAGGAAAACAGUAGAGAGAAAGGUCAAUUUGGACGGCUGAGAUUUUACCGAUUUGACGUCCUGAAGGCACAUUUGGUUGAAGGGUAGUCAUGCGAUUCUCGGUUUCGCGGAGAACCAGCAGCGAGGCUUGGGGCUUUUCGGCCUAAGCUGGCCUGAUUAUCCCUUCUUUUGGUGUCCCUUGUCGUGUGAAUAACUGCUAAGAAGCUUCAGGUUUGUCCAGCCUUGUUUGUUCAGGAGAGUUUGGCGUUUUCUCCUGCAAGUUAACUAUACGCGAGCGCGCAAUUGGGUGACCAAAAACACAACAGCAAACUGGAAUCCGACUUGCCAUUUGCACGUCGGAUGUCAUUGUGUGAGGUAUCGUCUCAACUUCACCAGCGUGUCUCUCACUGAUGGUCGUCCAAUUGUAUAGACAAUUUCCCCAAGAAGCUUAGUAGGUGUCCUAAUACUAGUAAUUUUACAGUGCAGGUAGACGCAGUAUGUACAUGUUCAUCAUUAGGCUCGUUUACAGUUAUUGCGGUUAUUGGAGACUUCGUGCGCACUUUCUGUAGUUACUUCAGCCCAAAACCAACCAUUCAUCGAUAUUAUGGCAGAUUUUAAAUAAUUUUGAAUAAUUCCUAUUGUCUUAACUGUGAAAAACUCGGCGCCUCGGUGGGAUUCGAACCCACGCGGAGUUACCAUGGUCUACCAAGAUUUUCCAACAGCCGGAGAUAUACAUUUGCCUUUGUCAGUAAAAUUUUGUAAUAACGAGUUCAGAUGGUUAGAGCGUUGGCUGUACUAAAGCCUUCCCCUUACUGCGUGGGUUCGAAUCCCACCGAGGCGCCGAGUUUUUCACAGUUGGGUCAAUAGGAACAAAACCAACUAGUCAGUUACCUGCCUGCGGAUAGUUGCGGGCUCCCUGUCUCCAAAUCAUCGCCCAAUCACAUUCGACGAGGUCUCAAUCCCCCUUCACCAUUCCCUCUCCUCUAUAAGAACUUAAGGAAUGGGAUCGGCUUAAAACAUUUGGCUCAAAUCUCGCCCUACUUGAAACUGUGGCAUUGGUCUGCCUUUCCGCUCGAAUAGCGAUUUUCUUUAAAAAGCAGAGACUUGUUUCUGCGGCCUUAUUUUUACCCCCGACAUUCCAAAGUUCCGAGACAUCUCAGCCAAUCAACUGCUACAGUGUUCCGAUUGUCUUCACUCGUCAUGAAAAGUGCGUCAUGCCUUUAGUAAGUACAGGGAAGUUCUAGUAUUUCGCUGCUGUAUGAGAGUUCGAACCUUUAAUUACUGUUAUUUGACCUGUUUCUAAUGCUAUGGCUUCUGUUCACAGGCUGAUCUGUGACCAACCCUGAAGCCCGCGUAUUUCGGUUUUCUUGGCCGUCUCAGAUUGCAUUAAAGCUAGGCUGAUUCCAUCUGCGUCUCUGGUUCUUCUAAUCCUCAAAUUAGGUUCCUUCCGCUCGGCGUGGGGUCUCUGGUUCUGCGAGCCAUCUCAAAAAUCGAUGGAGCCGAGGGCACAAUGAGAGCGUUGGCCUUGUUUGUUGUGACCAGUUUUGCGUACCUGGGCAUCCUCGCAUUUGUUCUGCUGCCUACCAUCUACCUCGUCUUCGCCCGACGUGGUCUCUGCAAGUUCCUAAUUCUGGUCGCCAGACCCAUGCUCACCGCUUUUUCGACCUUGAGCUCGUAGGUGUUACUUCACAAUUAAUUUCCUUAUUCUCGCUCAUUUGCUUCCACUGGCACUGUCUUGUACAAACACUCCUAAGGAGUAAUUUCGCUUUCUUUAUGUCGGAGAAUAUUAAAAAAAAUCCUAGUCGAAUUGGCAGUUUACCCCUUCUUAAGCAGAUUGUGAAGGGUUUACUCCUAGCUACUCUUAGAAGUACAAUUAAAUCUUUUUUCUAUCUAAUUGGAAACUCUUAAAAGCCGAAGGAAUCAGGGUUACGUUGGUAUUUGAAGCCUCAAAAACAAUUUGCAAAUUAUGCUGAGCGUUCCCCUUUGAAAACUGCUCAUCGUUGGUUUUAGGGUGGAUGAGUCAGUACGAUGUCAUUUAAAAUCACUCUAUCAUUAGAUAAAAUAACACCACUUUCAUGCCGGACAGUCAGGCUGAUAUUCACAAACAUAAAUAGGCCACAUUGCACAAAUUUUAAUCACGACUUUUCCACGGCGGUCGAGUCACUUGUACAAAAAGGCCUAUCAUGCAGUAUUCUGUUUUUAUAAGCUGUCCAUGAACUUUAAUUUCAUCUUUAAAUAUCUCGUCUUUUUUACACAAAAUUGUCCCAGUGAUGCGCCUUGUCCAUUUAGGAGAACGCCCAGACUCGUCGGAUUUUCUAAAUUUAGUUUUUUCGUACAUGCGCUGAAAUCUAGUCAAGUGAGCUUGGUAAAAGGUGCCUAUAGAAGAUGACUCUUGCGUUCGUGUUUCUAUUAGCAACUUACCUUGUGUAACUCAUAUAAAACACCAUUUCCUUCAAGUUGCUAUUUCGAAAAUUCACUGGUGAUAAUAUGUUCUCUUAAGGGUACUAUUUUGUGCAGCCGAAUACGGUGCGCCUUUACCUAUUUCAUUUCUACCCCUCGACCCAGAGAAGCGAUAGGUUGCGAUUUACAGAUCGGUGUCGCAAAUCAGUCGUCUGUCCAAAUAAGUGCCUUAUGACGUGCAAGAAGUCUGCUGUGGUCUGGUGCACUGUAUCGGCCUGUUUUCUUUGUCAAUAGGCAAGUCAAGCAGAGGUAAAGUUGAGCUCCCCCAGUUCUAUGGCUAGAGCUGUCAUUUCCGCCGCUGUGUAGAUUAGAAGCCCGUAUUCACUUAUGCAGAUAAUUGGGCAGUUCGGAUGUCACGGACGCGCCAGGGAUUGGACGGAGGACGUCUGCCUUGCCUCGAUUUUGUUUAUUCGACGUUGCCUUGUGUGUCCUGCUUACAAGGUCAACAAAGUCCCGGUCGCGGAUUUGCAGCGAAUCUGCCAUUGGCAAGUUUUCACCAAGAUAAUCUUGGACACACAGUCAUGGGAUUGGCCACUUUUCACGUUCCUACUGUUAGUCCCGCCGCUUUUCUCGUGCUUCUAGUGUACAGUGCGUGACCGAUCUCAUGAAAUGCUGGCCAAAAUUCUGGAAUGCGUUUCCGGUUAGGAAGGACUACUUAAGUGGGGUUGUUGUAUUGAUUGUCAUGUAGCAUAAUCCUAUAACAUUUCGGACACGCCAGGAUGUCGGCUUUUGAAUGCACUUCUUUUUGACCUCCUGCAGAAACCACACUCGGUAAAGAAUGACUGCUUAAGUAGCAUGCAUUUUUCCAAUUGAUUUUCGAUGGUUUUAUGUAUUCAAAUAUAUUUUGCAGAAACCAUGCACAAAAAUAUACUUCCCUUUGCUCAUUUGGUAGGAAAUCACAUUGUCUUCAUAUUUUAUGCCCGAGUAAAGUGUUUAUUUAGGUUUUAAAAAAGUUUCCCAAUUCCCGAAUAAUUUUCAGCGUUCAGCAAUUUCCGUCUGCAAUGUGCAUACUUUUCGCGUAAGGAAAAUCAUAUAUUCCUCUAUGCCUUUAAGAAGAUACCACAGAGAGUUCACGAAACUUUGCAACGAGUCCGCGCUGUGUUGUACAUUUCAUGAGGAGUAUAAGUAAACGGACAUGCGCGGUCUUGCGUGCAUGGACAUCGCGCGGUCUUAAAAAUUUCAUAAUUAAAAACUUUUUUAAAACCUAAAUAUACACUUUCUUCGGGUAUAAAAUAUGAAGACAAUGUGAUUUCUUACUAAAUUAGCAAAGGAAAACAUAUUUUGUGCAUGUUUUCUGUAAAAUAUAUUUGAAUUUAUAAGACCAUCGAAAAUCAAUAUGAAAAAUGCAUGCUACUUAAGUAGUCAUUCUUUACCGAGUGGGGUUUCUGCAGGAGGUCAAAAAGGUGUGCAUUCAAAAGCCGACAUCCUGGAGAGUCCGAAAUGUUAUUGGGUUGUGUUGCAUCUUAAUCCUAAUCGGAAACGCAUUCCAGAAUUUGGGCUAACAUUUCAUGAGAUCGGUCGCGCACUGUAGGGUUCAAAAACUGCUUACAUUCUUCACUUGCAUGCAGCCAGCCGCGAACAGCUCGUCGAGGUUACAUCCAACGUUCAUUUGUGUAUCAGAAUUACAGGCGGUCAGGUUAUUUUGUUGUUCUCUUUCUCGAAAGACUUUAGUCAAUGAGCGCUUCUAGUAUUAUAAGGACAAAAUGUAGCUCUCCUUGAAAGGUGCAUAGAAAGCAUUUCUUGACCGCAAUUAACGCUCCCCGUGUAAAAGUGUCCUGAGAGUGUUUCCUGCCAAGUGUCUCAUGUAAACACCAUUGCUGCCAACAGCCGUCGUGACCGUGUCUGGUGUCCUUGUUCAGGGCAAGGUCGCGUCAAGGUCAUUCGCCUUCACAGCAAACGGUUCCGGGCGCGCUGACCCGCAGCCACUCGACCGACUCCAACUCGGACGCACACGCGUUCACAGAGUCGCAGAUGCCUAACGCGCCACUUGAACACACUCCCACUGCUUUGACGCAACAAAUUUAUGACCCCUAAGGGUGUUUGCUUCCAAGUGUCUUCUUUAAAUAAAUAAGCGCCUCGACAUGAAAACUCGGCAACGGUAUGGAGAAGGACCCCACUUAACUGUCAGUAGACUGUGGAGCGUCCCAUACGUGAUUUAUGGUAAAAGGAGUUUUAUGAGUGGGGCAGCACGCUAGACAGUAAGUUGACGAAAUGAAAGAAAACACAGAAAUAACCUCGAUUUAUAUCGAAAAUCCUAUCCUACGCUAUUGUACGACAACGGAAAUGGGAGAAGUGAUUAAGCAAUAAACAUAUAUUAAAUUUCACAAAAUAACGGAUUUCGAGUUAAGGUGUGAAGUCGUGGGAAGUAGUCGCUGAUGGGAGUGUAAUUUCUCCAACUGCUUACAAAUGUAUGCUAAGAUAAAGCCCCAUAUGACACGAUUCACAGUUAAGUGGGGUCCUUCUCUAUACCGUCGCCGAAAAUUCUCAACCGUACAACCCUCUACUGCUGCGAUUUGUAACAUAGAAAAUCGACCGGACAGAAAUUCAUUCUGCCCUUGGUGCGUUCAACGCAAAAAGUUCAGCCCGGAAGACAAUGUUUAUCGGAAAAAAACAACUUCCAACAGUUUAUACUCCUACGUACCAAUCACACACUUCUAUACACCCCACGCAUAGGCCUGCUAAUUAUUUACACGCAAAGUUUAAGGAGUGCCCCCAUCAACACUGCAUCCCAUGCUGUGUUAAGUCAAAUAACGGAGAGUUGGAAAGAGUAAAUGUAUCUUGUCCAUGAAUUUUGACUCCUCACCCGCAUCGUUGACGUCUGCCCAUAAAAGAUGGGCCGAAUGCCCUGAAAGCAAUUCACUCAGACGUGUAAUGCAUCAAUUGGUAUAUCGAUUUAGAUUCCACGUACAGAUUUCCCAUGGUUAGAGGAAACGUGCACAAUCAAUACUGACCGGGAAACCGAACACGCUGGAGGCCUGCUGACGUAAACAUUGGUUGGACUGACUUGUGUGGAUAUUUAAAAAGGACAUGAGAACAGGAACCGCAUGCAACUGGGGUGGCUUUGAACCAACUUGGAUGCCCAUUGGUAAAUAUGUACUGUAUGUAUUGGAGGAUUGUGGGCGCCUGUUAUGCCAUUAUUCAGCAAGCCAUGGCCCUCGCAGCCUGAUGUGACCUGACAGUUCUCUGGCACCUGGUUCGCCCCUCCCCCGUUAGAUGCGCCUGCGCUCCCGCUGAGUAUGUUCGCCUAGAGACUUGUGCCAUCAUCCUCUUCCUGGCCCAUUGUUGCUGUUGGUCAAGUGUUUGUUGUGGAACAGGAGGCACGGUGGUACGCCUGGGUGCGGGUCCGGCUGUGCCAGCCACCUGCGACCUCUCCCGUCUCCGGUCUUCUUGAUUAUGUCUUGAUACCGAGCUCUGGCGGGAGGUGAGAGUGCGCGAUAGAUGCUGUGAAAGUCUACUACCACUAUAAGCUAAUUCACGCACAAGUCACUGUGCCUGCUCUCAACUUGCUGCGGAGUACAUGGUGGACGCCAUUGGCAACGACGAUCGAACUGUCAGUAUCAUUAGUAGUAGUAGUAGUAGCAGCAGUAGUAGCAUCAGCAGUAUUAGUAUUAGCAGUAGUAGUAGUAGUAGUAGUAAUGUCAUCAGUAGUAAUAUUGGUAGUAGUAGUUGUUGUUGUAGUAACAUUUGUAGUAGUAGCAGCAGCAGCAGUAUUAGUAGUGGUAGUAGUAGUAGUAGUAGUAGUAGUAGUAGUAGUAGUAAUAGUUGUAGUAACAGUGGUAGUAGUAGCAGCAGCAGUACUAGUAGUAGUAGUAGUAGUAGUAGUAGUAGUAGUAGCAGCAGUGGUAGCAUCAACAGUAUUAGUAUCAGUAGUAGUAGUAGUAGUAGUAGUAGUAGUAGUAGUAGUAGUAGUAGCAGUAAUAGUAAUGGUAGUAGUAGUAGUAGCAGCACGGAGUUCGGGUGGGGGAGGAGGAAGAAGUGCGGUAGAUGCUGUGAAAGUCUGCUCAUUCAUGCGCAAGUCAUCGUGGCUGCUCCCACCUCGCUGUGGAGCAUACGGUGGACAUCGUCGAACGCGUCUGCCGAACUGUCAUAUAUUUAAUAACGGGGAUAAUGUGCAUUCCAAUAUCCUAUAACUAAAGGAGAAGUUCCAUUGAAAAUCAAGUUUCACUAGUAAAUUUUUAAGCUGCUCACGCCAACCGGUCGCCAGACGGAAUGAAUGGUGGGUAGUGGGUUACCGCGCUAGAGAGCUUAAGGAUACAGAGAUUACAACGACAGACAGACGUUCCUGGGAGGGGGUGAAAAGGGCGUUAGCAUAGAUGCCGGACGUGAGGGGAGGUGUUAUGAGUUUCACUUGUGGUUCGCCGUGCCGGAAGGAUGCUGGGUCAGUGAGACUAUGCAUGGCCGAGCAUGAAUUAGCGGCUGUUGUUUUAGGAUGAGCGUGAGUCAGUGAGCCGUGAACGCAGACCUUCAUAGUGAGUGUUCAGGUCGACAUGUUGAUUGAUGUUGUUUGUUCUGGAGUGCCUAACUUCGCGAAAUCCUCGCGCCUUUUGGUGUUAGUAGGAGUAAGCACCUCAGUCCCGUCCCAAAUGAAGCAGUGAUCGCGCUCAAGGCCGUGCGCAAACAUGAGAGACAAGGGACCCCGUCAGCGAAUGGCCAUCUUGUUCUCGUUAGUGCGGGUCCUAAGUCAUCGGCCGGUGUGGUUAACAUAAACGCAAGAGCGGCUAACACAUGGAAUGCGAUAGCUGAGAUUUGUUUGCUUCUCUCUGGGUAUGGGGCUGUUUACUCGGGAUAAUCGUAUGCGCAAUGAGCAAUGGAAAUGCCAAACCGGAAAUUCUUAGGGCGAAAUUUCCGUGCACAGUCUCCAUUGGAGUCGAGGCUUUGUGAUAGUCCUUGGCACCUGAGACAGUUUUUCACAAAGCUGGCUGGAUAUCCGUUGAGCCGGACCAGCCGGUACAAGUAAGCCAGUUCUCCCCUAAAUACAUGCUAGCUACUGAAGUAAGGAUAAGCCCGGUGCUAACAGGGUGGUUGCUGUCCUAAUUAAAAAUGAUUUGGUCUUUGGAUCCUUUUCGGUGAAAGGUUGUUGUGGGUUCGUCACCGCUAAGUCUUUUUACACUCACUGCUAGAAACGAGAGUAUAUCUCCUGUUGCCUAUUCGCGAGUCCGUUUUAAAGUUGAGAAGGCGUAAUUCAGGCUCUGGUGAACUUAUUCAACCUCGCAGGUAUAUAUGAUGACGAAUGUGUCAUCUACGUAUCUGAGCCUAGAUAUUCGUACAAACCCUUCUUCUAGUCGUUGCAGGACUAGUUUUGUGAGUGGCCCCCAAUACUGGUGAGCUCGUUUGGAUAUCCUUAUCCUGUUGAGAAUACCUGCCAUUGGAUUGACAACCGUUAUUAAGGCAGAGCAUGAGGGGUUAUCCUUUUCGUCUAUGGCUUGGUACACCGGAUAGACCUCACUUUUGUCAAACGCUAUAUAAUACUUUCGUGAAUCAUUAGGUGCAGGACAUGGAAUUAUGUGUCUGGUACACAACUUUUAUGAUCAGACCCGGACUUUCAAUUAGCAUUCGUAUAAGGCCUUAUACGAAGUGCACGUUUGUCGAAAUGCUAAAAAUCUAAGGAAGGUGGCCUACUUAGAAAAUAGGAGUGCAUGUUACAUAUUAUGCGAAUUCUGAGGGAAAUAUUACCACAUACCGGAAGUUUAAAUCGUAGUUACCAUCCACAUCAAUAAAAGUUGAAUUUUCUUUACACGAAAUUUUGAUCAGUGGACUCAUUUUAGGUACCUAAUGAAUAAACAACGUGUUGACGUUCUGUCUACCAUAAGUAAGACUCGCGUUUCGUUCUUAUUUGACUGGUAACAUCUUCAUUCUCCAUUGAUUUCUUCCACUACAUCCUACGAUCUAUUAACUGUCUUCUGAUUGUUAAGCUUUAAUUCCGUCUCGUAAGACACUUGCUGAAAACAUUUUCAGGCUAUACCCAUUCUUAUGGAGUCUAAUAGCUUGUUCACGUCAUUCGUUAACCACACCACCGGUAACAAAUUGUAACGUUAUUAUAAACUUUUGGAAAACUGCGGAAACACCUAGGCGAAGCUUUGCCCGCUGACGCAAUCGUAAUAUUUCAGCUGCGAUGAUAACCGACAACAUGAUAUAAAAGUCCACUUAUUUUCUAGUUAAGUUCGAUAAAUCCAAUUCACUUUUGGUUAUUAACCUUUCGGGGCCCAACAGUCUAAAGUUUCCGACUGCGGCCAUCAGGACCCAGAGGCUUUUCCAUUACAGUGAUAGGCAUUUUUGGCCAGCGUGGAAAAUAUUGGAUGCUUGCAUAGAAUGAUGUCCGAUUUUUCGGCUUCAUUACAUAUCAUCAAAAGUUACUGAUAAAAUUUCACUAAACUGCCCUUAUGCAUCCCGAUGUUCACUUUUCAGAAUAGCUGCCCUACCUGGCGUCUUUCAAGUCUGUGAACAAAUGGGAAUGAAUGCGCAAACAGCCCAACUACUCGGACCAUUUCUGACAAGUUUCAAUGCAAAUGGAUCGUCCGCUUUCAUCGCCUCUUCUAUAGUCUUCUGUGCCCAGUGGGCGGACCACCAUAUCAGCACUGAGAACAUAAUCGCGAUUUUGUACGUGCCAAGAAGCGUUUUUGUGCUUGGAAAAUUUUAUAAUUGAUUCGGGGUAUCCGUUUGCAUGAUUUUUUUAUGAGGGGGUCUCAUUUGAGGCGUCUGUUCGCAUGCAGCAAUCGCAUCUGCAGGCCGGUCCACGCUAACCAAUCAACUACAGUGAGUGACCGAUCUCAUGAAAUGUUGGCUGAAAUUCUGAAGCGCGUUUUCGAUUUGGAAGGAUUACUUGGGCGCGGUUGUAGUAGUAAUUAUCUUGCGAUAUAAUCCUGUGAUAUUUCGGACUCGGCAGGAUGGCAGCUUUUGAAUGCAUUACUUUUCAAUCUCCUGUGCAAGCCGUACUCGGUAAAGAAUGACUACUUAAGUAGCAUGCAUUUUUCCCAUUGAUUUUCGAUGGUCUUGCAAAUGCAAAUAUAUUUUAUAGAAAAUACGAACAAAAUAUUCUUUCUUCCAGUCAUUUGAUAGAUAACCACGUCAAUUUUAUAUUUCUUACUCGAAAAAGGAGUAGCAUUAGGUUUUAAAAAAGUUUCUAAUUAUGAGAUUGUUCAAGACCGCUCAAUGUCCAUUCAUAUAGCAUUGUACCUGUCCGUUUACCUCCGCUCCUCAUGAAAUGUACAACGUAGUCCGCAUCCAUUGCAAAAUUUUAUGAACUUUUUAUGAUAUAUUCUUAAAAGCAAAGAAAAAUAUAUGAUUUUCUUUACGCGAAACUCAUGCACCUUGAAGACCGAAAUCACUAAUUGCUACUGCAACGACUGAUCAGGCUCCAAAUUAUUCGUCAAUCAGAAAACUUUCUUAAAACCUAAGUAUACUCAUUUUUCGAGUAUGAAAUACAAAAACGACUUGAUUCUCUAUCGAGUGACCGAAAAAGCAUAUUUUGUUCGCGAUUGUUACAAAAUAUAUUUAAAUAUGCAAGGCCAUCGAAAAUCAGCGGGAAAAAUGCAUGUUACUUAAGUAGUCAUUCUUUACCGAGUACGAUUUCUAAAGGCGAUUGAAAUGCAGUUCAUCCAAAAGCUGACGUCAUGCCGAGUCCAACAUAUCAUUUCAGAAUUCCAGCCAACAUUUCAUGAGAUGCGUCACUCACUGUAAUCAAGCAGCCUACCAAUUAAUCGAUAAGCCCUGCCAACAUUUUAUGCACCUUACAUAACGAAUGGUCCUAAACGUGCUUCUGUCGACAGUGUUGUUAUGCGUGACGCUAUUUUGCGCCCCUAAAUGACGGCGUCAGGGCAGUUGCAGCGUAAAGUGCCCUUCAGUUGGCUGUCGCGUCAAAAAGUGCAACACUUCAUGUUUGGCGACCUGAGCCCAGCUUUGGUGGUAAUAAGGUCACAACUUGGCCGUUUUACGCAGAACUCUGAAUGGAAACAGUCGCGGGCUUUCCUUUUUUUCCCAUCAGGUCUUCCUGCGGACCUGCUUUUGCACCAUCGAUUUGAAAUCUACACACAGGGUAGGCGUCGCAGCUCACAAAAUCUCGAAAGGACCGGAAGCCCGGUCAAACGCAUCGACCAGAACCACCAGUCAAUAAUGAACGACGUUCAGUUGAAUAAACCAUAAAGGAAAGCAUGGGCAGUAAAAUUACCUUAAAUUGAAAAAAUCACUUUUAAAGAAAGAUCGGAAUGUUAACAACGCGAACACCCGUGUCAGAAGAGUUAACUUAAUUUGUAGAAGUACAUCAUUUAUGCUUAUGCAAACCACUGAGUAAAAAAACAUCUUAGGCGGAAUAACGUAUGGCAGUUUUGAAAAAAUACGCAGCGUAAAUAUCCGCCGAGAAUUAGUGUAACAUACAGGAUGGCAGCCAAUCAACUUCCUGAUCUUUAAAUUGUGCUUCCCAAACUGAUGUUAUGAGAAUUGGGUACGUACUUUUUUCGUUUUUGUAUAAUUCGGAAUGUAACUGAUUGCAAUAAGAGUUCGUCGGAAUUUGUGAAUUGGGAUGUCAAAGAACUAAAGGUUUUCGUGAGUUUUCUCGUCGGCAGCUCGGUCAUCAACUAAAAAAUGGGCGUUAUUACUGCCCUUUAGAGCAUAAAAUUACGCAGAUUUACAAAUGAGCAUUCUGAAGGAAGAAGGAACUCCUUUUCUUCAGAGAAUGACGUGAACUCUUUAAUCCUGCCUCAUCUUUUUUGUGCGGGCCGAGAAGUCGAAUUUCAAGUUGGAAGCGACAGUUUUGAUCAGUUUUCUCGUCUACAUUAAUGCCCUUUAAUGUAUUAACAUGUACAAUUCGCAGAUGUGGUCUGUAGUGGUUAUUAGGCCACUAUUAGCACACUAUUACGGCCAAACUGACAUGUCAGCCAGCCCACGUCUUUGUUCACUUGAUGUUUAAAUGAUGAUACACUCAUGACUAACAUCAGUAGGUUGGUGAGUUUUAUUAUGGGUAUUUUAGUUCACUGUUGGGCAUAUUUUCGAAGGUUACGGACCACAGACCAUAAUCAGAGACCUAGCCUCUGCUGCGCUUUAAUUUUGACUUUUCUGACCGAUUCUAGCUUCUUUACUGGACUCAACGUCAUGGCGCUGCCAGCUGUACCGAGUGCAAGCAUACUUCUUGUCAUUCUACUUGUGAGAGCCUUCCACAUCCCCGACACCGCUAUCCCCUUUCUCUUUGUUACGGAUUUCAUCAUGUAAGCGAUCCUUUUUGUGUAGAUUCACUCUUUUGUGUGGAAUCCAGUCCGCUCAUAUAGCAGUCAUACGCGUAACUACCAUCUUCACUGCAAAACCAUGUCAAGUUUUCCUCUGCUACCAUUUUUCAGAUUUUUUUCCAUGUGUAAAGUAGCCAAUUUUGAUCUGUUUUAUGCCUUCCCAUUGCCUGGGAAAGGCCCAAAAGUUAGCUUUCAGGGACCGUACCUCUAACGCCUGAAAGAGCGGAUGUGCCCUUACCAUCGAAACCAUCAGACCAAGUUCCGGUUAACAGGUGUUUAUUCUGUACAGAGAUCUUAUCCACCAAAUUAGGCAACAAUGAUUGCUGGCGCGUCCCUGGUGUGUGUUAAGUCAUACCAGAGACGAGGUAUACCAUCCUCUCUGCCUUUAUACGUCUUGUAUGGAAGAUUGCCUCCUCUUUAAAGCUAACUCUUGAAAUUAGGCAGAAUCUCCGAUUUUCAAAAACCUGCGUUUCUGAAAUGGUUGGAGACGUGAGGCCUCUUAUCCUCACAUUCAUUGGCGCUGAUCGCAAAACUGACCAAGGAAGACAGUAUCGAUUGCUGCAUUGCAGGAUAGGCGCGUGGCCUUUUUAUGGGAGUAAGUAAGGAUCAUGUUACUGUUGCUCAAAUAAAUGACCUGGCAUGUGGUUGAGCAAUCAUAAGAACGAGUCCGAACGCGAGUUCAGCCGAAAUGCAGGCGUAUUUUUUAGUUUUCCGAAACACGUACAGGGCUUCUUUCACCGAAAGCCAUGUAUGUUUUUCUAAAAAGAAGCAAGAUUUCUACAAAAAAUGUGUAGGCGUUUGCGUAUGGAUUAUAGACCAGCGGAAGGAAUCUCAUUUCUAAUGGAAUACACUUUUCGCGUGUGCGAUGUUUCCAAAUCAAAAGCCAGCGCUCAAAUCUGCAGUAAUUGGUUCCGGAGUAUAUUCCCUGUUCAUGAUCCUUGUAAACUUACUAAAAUAAUAAUAGAUCACCAGAAUGUCGUUUGUUUCACCUAUUUUGAAAUAGGUAAGAUAUUUAGGAUGUCUCCUGUGUAUAUGAUGUAUUUUUAGAGGCAUGGAAGAAUGGGUGAUUCUCUUUACGCGGAGCGCAUACACCUUGUAGAUUGAUCAGGCUCCAGAUUAGUCGGCGAUUAGAAAACAUUUUCUAGAGCUUAGUGUACUCCGUCUUCGAGUAUAAAAUACAAAGGGGACGUAAUUCUCCUUCAAGCGACUAAAACAACGCAUAUGCUCGUUCGGGUUUUUAUAAAAUAUAUUUAAAUUGGCAAGACCACCAAAAGUCAAUGGGAAAGACGUAUGCCACUUAAAUAGUCAUUCUUUACCGAGUACGGUUGUAUAGGCGUUUGAAAAGCAAUGUAGUUAAAAGCGGACAUCCUGCUGAGUCCGAAAUAUGAUAGGAUUAUGCUGCGAGACAAUAAGUAUUACAACCGCCCCUAGGUUCUCAUUCCUAAUCGAAAACUCAUUUCAGAAUUUCAGUCAACAUUUCUUGAGAUCGGUCACCCACUGUACACCUAGACUAAGUGCAUUGUUGUUAAGGCUGCCUAAGGCCAUGGUUAAGAACAUCCCCCAGCUCUCAGCAACAGUUGACAUUUAAUGAGUUGGCCCACCUACUGUAUGUGAUGGCGGCCGGAGUCAUUUUAGAAGAAGACAGUUAUGCAGAAGUUGUCCAGCGUACUUAUCAUUACUGAAUUCAGAUAUUUAUGCAUCUCGUUACUCAAGUGUGUUUUCAGUGUUGUUAAGGCUGCCUCAAGCCAUUGUGUUCUGACCUUGUUAAGAACAUUUCCCAGCUCCUAGCAACGGUAGGGACGAGGAGAGGUCGUUUGAGGAAUUCUAGCAUACUUACGGGGAUGUGCACUUAUCUACAAGGUGAAUUAGUAUGUUUUCUAAUUCAACUCAAUGGAAAUCAAUCAACAGUGUCUUCAAAGAUGCUGAGCACCUGAAAAUGUCCGUGAUAAACGAAUCUAUUUUCAAUUUCCGCUUAUCAGGCUUGUGCUGUUCACGAAGACAGUGCAAAGCUCAAAUUUAGUAACGGGUAACUAUCAGAUUCCAGACGCCAUUGCCGAUUUAUUUGAACGGUUUUUAUGAAAUAAAGGAAUGGAAAUUACAUUUUGAGUACCAGGCAUCGGUUAUCUCCAUAUACUGUUAGCUGGCCUCGGGAAUGAACUGGCUUGGUGAUCUGAGAACACGGGCCAGUACUUUUCGUAUACCGGCGAGGAACAGCUUUCCGCUUUGGUCGUUCGCUUCCAAUAAACUACCCGAAAAUUCAUAAGUCUAAAUACAUUGUACGGUAAUGCGUGAAUCAUUGUGAAAUCUCUUCACGUGCAUCACAGUAUUGCUGACAAAAUUGCCUUUUUUCAGUUGGUGGCACGCCGAAGACCAAAAAUGCGUCAUCAGUUCUUAUUUCUAUUGCACCCAACUGAUAAAUCAAUGUUAGACGCUGUACAGCUAAUGUCUCUGAAGCGGACAGUGUUCACUUUCAACAUCUAAACAAUUAUCAGUCCUCACGGAAACGAUACUAGUUUUGCUGACAUGCAGGUAGGGUUAUUUUCGAUGUGUUUCAGACGUUGCCUGCCCAAAGCGAGCACCAUCACACACACAUACACACACGCACACCCAUCGCCACCCAAGGUGCUUUGGGGCCAACUAUGCCGACCUGACCUUUGCGACUGCAUGCAGGGCACGCAGACCUGUUAGGUCUUUUAGUUAGGUCAUCACAGAGUGCAUCAGCCUGUCUCCCGUUUGCUCUCAACCUCAGGACGCUAACCAGCAAAUAGGCUUUCUAGGGGACAAAUGUUACUAAAGUGUGGUUUAAAUAUGGAUAGAGUUAGAAGAGCCUAACUCAUGCACGGUAUUAUUACAGCUCUUGGUGGAAACUCUUGCCGACCACCCGCUUAAAUUGCACCCAGGAAGUGUUAUAUAAGUAGAGUGGGCUUUGGAAUUGAUUUUCCAUGCUUUUAUCACUCCACUCCCGUCUAAUAGAAAGGAUAUGGAAAAAUCAUAUCAGACUGUGUUUUGUGUAGCAGUACGUUUUUCCCAUUCUUAUGUCUGAUUGGACCAUAUCCUUCGGUUUAAAGACAUUUCACCAAUGUCUAAAUAUUUCUUAACCAACUUUUUAAGACUGCAUUCUGCGUACUUUGCGCAGGAAGAAUUCAUUUUGCCAUCACUUUUACCUACAGACAAGUUAAGUGCUCCGAAGUUAAUGCGAAUUGUGUGAAGCACACGGCACACUGUAAGUAGCAUUAAUAAACUUACAGACGUUAGACCGCUGACCAUGUGAGCUUCCCAAAAACGCUCAUAGUUACGAAAGCUUUUAAAGCCGAAACGCGUUCCUCCUUCAAGUGCAAAAUGUAAAGAUGUGACUUCCUAAAAAUUUCAUAGAAGAUGGAUUUCCUUUCAUAUUUACUACGAAACGUUGCCGAAUUAGUAAGCGCAAAAACUGCAGACAUUGCGCAGGUUACUUUUUACUAAGGCGACUUUCACAGACGACUGUUCUGAUGACCAAUCGUAAGCCGACAUGCUGCCAUGUACGGCUUAUUUAACGGUCGUUCCCUAGCAGUUAAUGUUAAAAAUUUACUUAACUAAUUGUUGCCAGUCAUAUGCACGGUUUUCAAUUGAGGUCUAUGUUUUGUAGACUAAGGCGUGUGUUUUGUGCAUGGCUGUAUAGAAUUGGAGCCAGAUCUAAUAGGUCUUGUUCCAACACUGGCUUUGCAUACCGAGCUGUGGGCAAAUAACUUGUAUCCUCUGCCUUAGCGACGCCCUCCGAUCGCCAACCAAUGUCAUGAGUCACACAACUUGCUUGCUGAUGGUCAAUCAUUUCGAAAAACGCGCUGAACUGUCGGCCAUGAGGUCUGAAGUGGGCAUCAUCGAGGAGACUUCACCGUCAGACGACCCCAGGACGGAAGAAAGUCCAGUUGCCGCCUAG